AUGAUGGAGAUCGAGGUGCCAGAAUUUACAUCCAAGGAUGAUGAGAUUCAAUAUUGGAUGGAUUUGGCUCAACAAAUGUUCCAAAGGAAAGAAGAUGUGGAGCAAGAGUUAGCAGAAUUUGAGGAAAAUUCAAAGAUGCUGGAGAAAGAGUUGGAAACUGCGUUAGAGCAAGCUGAGAACACAAAUCGUGAAUUGAGACAGCGGAAUUCACGAUUAGCUACUGAAGUUGAACAGUUGAGAACACGAUUGGAUCAACAAGCAGUAGAUUGUUCGGUUUUCCAAACACGAGCCACUGAAUUGGAGAGCCAACAUGAGCAGCUUGUUAAAUAUAUCAGAGAGUUGGAGCAAAAAAACGAUGAUCUAGAACGAGCUCAUCGAAUAAAUCAAGCGUCUGAAGAAGCCAUAGAAGCUAAAUUCAAUUCAGCAAUUGAAAAAAAUGCUCUAUUGGAAUCAGAACUUGAUGAAAAGGAAAAUCUCAAAGUUUUAGUUCAAAGACUGAUGGAUGAGAAUAGAGAUCUUAAACAAGAGAUUAAACAUGUCAAAAGACACCUUCCGGAUAAUGACAAAUCAGCAGCAGAUAAAGUCCGUGCUCUAAUGGACAGCAAUAAACUACAAGUUGAACUCGAGACUAAUAACACUCCUGUAAUCUCUCCACUCUCGCAGCAGAGUAUACCGACAACUCAUUCGACAACAGCACCGUUUAAACUUGCAAACGGUGUUGGCAAUGUUAUCAACAACAACAACAAUAUUAAUAACAACAACAACAACAACAACAAUAAUAAUAAUAGUAUGAACAUACCAAUGGCUCCAUCAUCGAGAAUACAAGCGAUGAAUUUAAUUGGCGACUUAAUGAGACGAGUUGGGGCUAUGGAGAAUAAAUUGAACUCAUGCAGAAACGCGUCACGAGAGGAUCAAGCCAUGAGAGAUUUGUACAGGACGACAACGAUAAGACGACAGGUGCGAAGCCUCGCAUCAAGAAAUAACAAUCACAUUUGA